GGGGCCGCUAUAUCAGAAGAGUCCCUGUCGCGGCGCAGGCAGUUGAGCUGCUGGAGUGCGGCGCCACCGCGGAGGACAGGGGGAGCUGGCGGGCAGUGGGUGAGGGGGUGGCGGGGACGCGAGUGGCGGCCGCGGGGCGCAGGACAAGGGUCCGCAGAGCUGCAGCCUUCGAGGGCCAGCCCUCUCCGAGUCCGGGGCUGGGUCCCAGCCGUGACAAGGCGGCAGCCCUGCGCACACCAAAGAGAAGGCGGCUGUGGCGGCAGCGGCAGCGGCAGCCCCAGCCAUGCUGUGUUAUGUGACGAGGCCGGACGCGGUGCUGAUGGAGGUGGAGGUGGAGGCGAAAGCCAACGGCGAGGACUGCCUCAACCAGGUGUGCAGGCGACUGGGAAUCAUAGAAGUUGAUUAUUUUGGACUGCAGUUUACGGGUAGCAAAGGUGAAAGUUUAUGGCUAAACCUGAGGAACCGGAUCUCCCAGCAGAUAGAUGGGCUAGCCCCUUACAGGCUUAAACUGAGAGUCAAGUUCUUCGUGGAGCCUCAUCUCAUCUUACAGGAGCAGACUAGGCAUAUCUUUUUCUUGCACAUCAAGGAGGCCCUCUUGGCAGGCCACCUUUUGUGUUCCCCAGAGCAGGCAGUGGAACUCAGUGCCCUCCUGGCCCAGACCAAGUUUGGAGACUACAACCAGAACACUGCCAAGUAUAACUAUGAGGAGCUGUGUGCCAAGGAGCUCUCCUCUGCCACCUUGAACAGGAUAGCUUAUCCUGUGGUGCAGAUGGCCACCCAGUCAGGAAAGAAUGUAUAUUUGACGGUCACCAAGGAGUCUGGGAACAGCAUUGUGCUCUUGUUUAAAAUGAUCAGCACCAGGGCGGCCAGCGGGCUCUACAGAGCGAUAACAGAGACGCACGCGUUCUACAGGUGUGACACAGUGACCAGCGCUGUCAUGAUGCAGUAUAGCCGUGACUUGAAGGGCCACUUGGCAUCUCUGUUUCUGAAUGAAAACAUUAACCUUGGCAAGAAAUAUGUCUUUGAUAUUAAAAGAACAUCAAAGGAGGUGUAUGACCAUGCCAGGAGGGCUCUGUACAAUGCUGGCGUUGUGGACCUCGUUUCAAGAAGCAACCAGAGCCCUUCACACUCGCCUCUGAAGUCCUCAGAAAGCAGCAUGAACUGCAGCAGCUGUGAGGGCCUCAGCUGCCAGCAGACCCGGGCGCUGCAGGAGAAGCUGCGCAAGCUGAAGGAAGCCAUGCUGUGCAUGGUGUGCUGCGAGGAGGAGAUCAACUCCACCUUCUGUCCCUGUGGCCAUACUGUGUGCUGUGAGAGCUGCGCCACCCAGCUACAGUCAUGUCCCGUCUGCAGGUCGCAUGUGGAGCACGUCCAGCACGUCUAUCUGCCAACCCACACCAGUCUUCUCAAUCUGACUGUAAUCUAAUCUGUUGUGCUUUUAUUGGACUUGCCAUGUUUCCAUGAACUGCACUAUUAUAAACUAUAAAAAUGAUAGAUUGUGGAGAAAGUAAUUACUCCAACACCCAUCUGCCACGCGAUGUUAAAAAAAAAAAAAAAAAAAAAAGGAGAAAAAUAACACAGCUACUCCUCACUGCAAAAACAUAUCCAUGUGUAGAAUCAACAACUGCAGUGGUGGGGACCAGGAGGAGCUCUGGGACGCAGACAUGUUCCUUGGAUGUUGAUUUUUUUUAUGAUCAAGUAAAAGAAUAGGUAAAGUCUUUGAUGUCAGUGAAGUGGCAACAUAGCCAAAAAGUUGGGUACCUUUUAGGAAAUGAUGUUGUAAGUCUCCUUAAUGUAUCCCGAGGUAAGUUUCCUACUGGCAGCAGAUUUUGUAAGAAUUACUUUUAAGAAUUUCGUUCUUUUUGUAUGGUCAUGGAGCUCCAACCAUUUUUAAUAGGAAAGUUUUCCGUAAGUCGUCGUUUUAAUGUCAUUUCUGUCUUUAUAACUUGAUCAAGAAUGAUUGGAAGGCAAACAGAUUUACAAAUCAAUUCUGUGACUUUUAAAAAGUUGAAGAUGUCAGAUCUAAACCAGUGUGGCUAGUAAAAAGCAGCUCACUCAAUGUGGGUGGCUCCCUAUUCCUUUAUGCUCCCUCUAUCCCUACCCCCACAAGGCUUUCGAUUAUAAAAUACUACCAAUUUUGUUAUAAGAUUACUGUGGAGUAGUCAAGGACUCCCCGGGCCUUCUGCGCUGGUGGAAUAUUUUAUUUCGGACUGAAAACAGAGAGCACUCUCCUUGGGAAGGGAAAGCAGAGCUUGCUGAGUGAGAGACGGAGCCUCAUGGUGUACAACUGAGGGUAGUUAACUCAUCACUUCUCCCAAGCACUCGAUCCAGCUUCACCCACUGGUGUUGCUUUCCUUGAACUGUCAAGCCUUUUAUAGCCUUACCAUAAGUAUUUAGAUAUUGUGUCCUUUUCUGUGUUUUGUUUUUCUUUGGGGGUGGGGGUGGGGGGAGGUUUUGUUGUAAAGUAACUGCUUAAGUAUUAACUUUGGGUUGUCCCCUCUGUAUGUUUCAAAGGGGUUUUGGUUCUUUUUGCUUCUGUAUUCUUAAACAUGUUUUCCACUCCCACUUGGGCAUUUUGGAAGCUGGUCAGCUAGCAGGUUUUCUGGGAUGUCGGGAGACCUAGAUGACCUUAUCGGGUGCAAUACUAGCUGAGGUAAAGCUAGAAACCUACACUGUCACUUUACUGAGAUUUCUGAGUAUACUUUUCAUAUUGCCUUAAUGUAGCAGUAAUGUGUGUAUGCAUUUGUUUCUUUGCACAGACAUUUUGUCAAAUAUUAAAACUCUACUUUUUUAUGGCACAUAUUAGCAUAUAAGCCUUUAUUCCAAGAGGUAUUUAUUUUUUCACUUGUAAAAAAAUAAUGUUUCCACGUAAAGAACUCUGUUAUAUCCUAGAGGACUCUGUCUUUUUAUAUUCAGGAUAAUAAAGACUUUAAAGCAAACAUG